GUUGCAGCAGAGAAGCACAAAGAGCUGGAAAACGAAGCACUGAGAAGAAACAGUAGAGGGAUCCGAAUUAAACGUUAGUCACGGAAACACUACUAUUGUUCUGAAAGCUCAUCAAGCUGGAAACAGUUCUCCAUUUACUUCUACUCUAACUUGAUGGUCCUUAGCAGCUAAAAAUUAAACACUGGAGGUGGAAAUGAUGUCUACUCACUUCGCCACCACCAACGUCCCUGACAGUGCCAGCGCACCCCCGUCUCCUCUGGACAGCUCUCCUAGACGUCUUUCCUGGGGGAAACUAGUACAGCGAUUGACCGAAUUCAAUACAGGAGCCAACAGCAGCAUUGACUCCAGCUCUGUCAGUGGAAGCAGGAGCGACCUCUCAGACUCAGGAUCUGAUGUUUCUUCUGACAUCUCUGCAACUGACGGGGACCUGUUUUACGACCCAAUGGAGGAGACCCUUCUGAAAAACAUUGUUGAUCUCAUUGCCCGAAGUCUGCGGGAAGCUAAGGACCAUACCCUGAGGUGUUCCAAGCUGCUUAUCCCAGAGAAGCUUCUAGAGCACAUCGGCCGAGAGCUCCUCCACCUGGCAGCUAGUGAGCCUUGUGGCCUAAGGGGGGCGCUCAUUGACUUGUGUGUGGAGCAGGGGAGUGAGUGCGAGAGUGUGGAGCAGAUAUCAGUGGACCCCUACCUUGUCCCCACUUUUCAGCUCACACUUGUUCUGAGGCUUGACUCUAGGGGACUGUGGCCUAAAAUCCAAGGGCUUUUUGUUACCAAGUCUGCCUCCAUUCCAGUAAUGAGGCAAGCCAUUAGAUUAAGCACUGGCUUUAGAGUGAUCAAAAAGAAACUGUAUAGUUCCGAAGACUUGCUUAUAGAAGAGUGCUAAGGAACCCAAAGAGACUUGUUUCCAAGCACUGGACAUAAUUCUUACUCAAGUAAAUUUUCAUUAUACCAUUCCAAGCUCCCAAAUUAGCAUUGGUAUUGAAAUCUACAUACAUAACCGUAUGUUUUCUUCUUGACCGUAAAGACAAAGUUGUUAACAUGUAUUUGUUUUAUUCUCUAAUUGUACUGAAAUGGAAUGGGAGUAGAAGGUACUUUGGGGAAAUGGUGGCCAACCACAAGUAAUGGUUCAAUCCAGACUCUUGAGUGUUAUUGCAGCUUGGCAAAUUGUGAACCACUGGGUUCAAUAUGUUUACCUCAGUUUCUUUUGUAAUUAGAUGUGGCAGCUAGCUUUAUGGUAAAUUUGUAAGACCAUUGUGAUGUUUUUGUUCGUCAUUUUGCCAUUCUUGUCAAGUGGCAUUGCACACAAUAGAAUAGGGACAAUUCUUACAGUUUUGAUUGAAGAAAAAUUAAGCCUAGGUUACGAAGUACUUCUAUGUGCUCUUCAGAAGUGAAAUGUUCCUUUUCUCCCAUUUCAAACUGGCAUAUUCAUCUGUGCAUCAUUAUUUAUUUGAUAUUCAAAUAUCCACCAUGCACUUGUUUUUGUAUGUUUAUGUUGACUGCGUAUAAUAAAUGAUUUUUUAUUAAGA